AUGGCUCCCACCAAUUUUCUGCGUCACUCCCUACUGAGCCCCUCCGCUGAGGGUGACUCCAUUCUCUCUCGCCGCGCCGACACGGUUGCAAAGCCCUGGAAGCCUCACGUCCUGCCCGGGUCCGACCGCCUCUUCGUCCCUUCGUUUCGCGAGAUCACUCGCCGCUCCGAUGGCGACGAUGGCCCCGACAACAUGAUCAACCUCCUGCUCAUCAUCCUCGGCCUCGUCUUUCUGGCCCUCAUCCUCGCUUCUCUUCUCUUCCUUUUCCAGCGCCGCCGCCGCAUCAUGCGCCAGCGCAUGCAGAACCUGGCCGCUCAGAACGAGACCAAGCAGACGUCGAACCACCGCGGGUUGACGAUCGAAACGUCCCACAACGGACGCUCGAGCAUCCUCUAUAUCGGCCGCGACGGCCAGCCAAUGCUGCAGAACCCCAACUCUCCGCCGCACUCUCCUGACAACGUGCCCGAGAUCCACAUCACCUUCCCCGAUGAGCAGGACGACCAGGGCCGCUCCAGGACAGGUCGCGUGCUUGUCGUCCGUGUUGGCGACAACGCCACGGUUGGUCUUGAGCCGAUGCACGAGGAGCAGUUGCCAGCGUACGAAAAGGAGGCCAAGGGGCAGUUCCAGUCCAUCGACAUGGACCAGAUCGGAGGGCUGAAAGAGAAGGACCGCAGCCUUUUCCAAUGA